AUGACAAUCUUGCACAGCCAUCUGCCUCCAAACGUUCGCUUCGAAACGGUCGACAUUACACACCCGCUCUCGGUCGAGCCCGAAAGCUUCGACUUGAUACAUGCUCGCCUGUUGUUCGUCCAUGUGAGAGACCCAGCUGCGGUCAUCGGACGUGUCGCAUCGCUGCUCAAACCCGGCGGUUGGGUUGUGAUUGAGGAGCCGGACGAUCUUGACUUCGAUGAAGACGGACGCCCGCGCGGCUUGGCCAAGCAUGUCCCUGCCAUUGCUCACCAGUACGAUGUCUUUCGUCAGCGUGGCCUCGAUCUCGCAUUCUGGCGACGCCUGGAGAAUGUCCUUCAGGAUACGGGUGUUCUAGAGAUGGUCACUGCUGUGAAGCUCGAUAUGCCGUUCACGAGCAGGGAUCACAACGAGAAGCUCCUUGCUCUAGGAAAGACUUACAGAGACGGUCUCCUAACCUUGGUCCAUGCCGGCGUCACAGCUGGGCGGACUCGUUUUACAUAA